CACAUUUAAGCAAUCAAAAUAUCAAAUUCUAGUCCCGGAUUAGCAUUUAAUACUCAAGAUAGAUCACCCCAGUCUCAUCAGAAAUCUACGGGGAAAACCCAUCGACCCGGCAAACCAACCGGACUUGGUGGACAAGGCCAUUGCACAUAAUAGGCUGCGAGGGGCGACAAUUCACAAUUUCAACCGACGCAGCUCGUUACCACUACUCCAAUUUUACUGUCAUCAGUGAGACUGAGCAUUAUUUCAACCAAGCUCACAGAAUGAAGUUGUUACCCAUUGCAUUUCUUGGUUCGAUUCUGAUGCUUGGCAUUACGAGCGUCUACGGUUGGGGAGCAUUACUGUACAAAGACCGACCGGAGCAAGGGGAUCAACUGAACAGGAUCGCGCUCGCCGAGGGACUUCAACUUGACCGCCACAUCGCUGAGAUGCAAGGGGCUCCAGUGCGGACCAGGCGCGCCGCGUGCGGGAGCGGGGGCGGGGGCGGGGGCUUCGGAGGAGGCGGCGGACGUGGUAUAGGUGGUCGAAGCUUCGGGGGCGGCGGAGGUGGCGGUGGUGGUGGAAUUGAAAGAAUUUCUGUAAUAGGACGACGUCUUCCGAGUCGUCGCGUUUCAAUUCCCAUAGAUUUCGGCUUGAGGGGAUACCGGCCUUCCGGAUUUGGCGGCGGCGGCGGUUCCCGGUCAAGGAGCAAACCCAAGCCAUCGUCUAAGCCGGCACCACCAGAGGAUCCAGAAGCAAAGAAAAUGACAUUAGAGCAGUUCGUUUUCGCCUUGGAACUGCUAGAAACGCUCUUCCCGAAUUUACCGGCGGACCAAAUGGCCAAUAAGCUGCGAAUGUUGGUGGGGCGGUACGACAGCGCGCACUGGAGGGUGAUGCUGAACGUGAAUAAUCCCUUCCCCGGCUUCGGAAAGACUGUCAAUCCAUUUGGCAGUACAGUCGAUCAGCCGACACUCCAAACUCUCACACAGAUGAUGGACCACAGGUUCCAGAAUGGAGCAGAACUGGGCGUGAUUAAGAUGAACGGCGACACUAUUGCUUUUGGUCAUGUCAUAACCGGGGCUACGGCUGGAUAUGAUCAACAAAGCGUCCUCGGCAUGAACAAUAUCUUCGCAACUACCAUUUCUGGAGAUCUGGGACAGUCUGGCCUCGCCAACGCCAAGAAUCCAUCAUCACCCAUCAUUGGUCCGUCUGGUCAAUGGCAAAAUGGCAAAUACAUGCUCCCUAGCAAAGGCGGGUUCGCAACUAAUGCGGAAAUCUUAGGCGACAUUGACGGCGUCAACAUGGGCAAGCGGAUUCAGGCAAAUCCUGGUAAACCGCUGAGUCAGCACUUUAAAGAAUAUUACGGCGGUGAAAGUUCACGACGAUUCGACAUCUUCAAGCAGCACACAACAAGAGCCGAACUGACGCAAGAAGUUUAUCGUUUUGCAAAUUUGUACGAAGUCAAAACUAGCGGGUUGUGGUCGAGUAUUGCGCAGAGAUCGAAUCCCGAUUUGGCCGCGAGGACAGCGAAUCGGAUAAACGGCAUUGCCAAUAGAGCGGUCGGGACAUUCUGUAGCAGAUAUUCUUCGAAAUUAGGGUCAUGGUGCUGAGCGUAACGUAGCUUAAAGUUAUCUUAUCCCGUCCAUUUGAUUAUGACUUUGUCCUCGUCAGACCAAAAAUGCAUUAAAUGAAAAUAUGAUCAACCCGAAUCUCUCUCUUGGUGGAGCUCAAUAAUGAUUCAGAUGGUUGUUAUGUCUCUUGGUCACAGCGGGGCUAAAAUGGAAUUUGAGGUGCCUUCAGCCGCAAAGGAGACUUUGAGUGUUUGCAUGGCCUCGCUAAGAAAGAUCAUCAUACUCUCGCCGGCAACUAAUUUGUAAAUGGCUGUAAAUGUGUCAUUCUUUUGUACAGUUCCUUAAUAAAAAGCCAUUGUUUGUAAUU